CGUACAGUUGGCGAUAUUUAGAAACCCUAGGCUUUCUAAACUCGCGUCCAGCUGGGGGCAACGGCGUGACAGUGUAAACAUUUGGCCUCUCUCGGCUGCCUUACAACCGGAAGUAUCUGCGUCACUUCCGCCGGUGACUUGUUUACCUUCUUUUUUGUUGCGUAUCAAGAGGCUGUAAUGCCUAAUAACGGACGUCUCUCUGGCCUGUGUCGCGUUACCGAACACCUUUACGUGAGUAACGGCAGGGCGGCCGGUCUCGUUUCCCUGCUGAGAGCGAACAACAUAACGUGCGUCGUCAACGUCGCUGAGACCAAGAGGAGCGGCAGCAGCCACCUACCUAACGGCGUGGAGUACAUCCACAUCCCGCUGGCCGACUCUCCGUCCACACCCCUCGCUGAUCAUUUCGACGGCGUGGGGGAGACAAUACAGCGGGUAGCGCGCGUUGGCGGCCGGACGCUGGUGCACUGCAAUGCCGGGGUGAGCCGCUCGGCUGCGCUGUGCAUUGCCUUUCUCGUCAAGCACCACAGUGUCACCCUGCUGGAGGCCCACGCCUGGGUCAAGACCUGCCGGCCCAUGGUGAGGCCGAACAACGGCUUCUGGAAGCAGUUGAUCCAGUAUGAGAAGGAGCUUCGCGGGUGCGCAUCUGUCCGGAUGGUGUCCUCGUCCAUGGGAGAGAUACCUGACAUUUAUGAAGAGGAGGCCAGAAAUAUGAUGCCAUUCUGACUCAAGUGUGAGGGAUCUACUGAGGAUCCUAACUUGGAUAUGAUGAACGCCUUGUUAUCUGCACUAAUUGUACAAAUAAAUAUGCCAGAUUCCGAUCUAACAAAGGUCUUAACUCAUUCUCUUUCUAUGCCACAUCAAUAUGAAAUGCACUCUCAACAGGUGUAAAAGAAAGGGCAUCUCUAUCCUCCUUCAAAACCGCACUCAGAGAACACCUCCAGGCAACUUCAACCCUAAACUAACACCCUCCCUUCCACAUCCCACCUCCCCGGAUUGUAAAUAAUCAAAUGUAGAUACUUAUUCUUAUGCUUUCUGAUCUCUCUCUCUCUCUAUGUCCACUACUUGCUGUACAUAUCCUACCAAGUCAGUCCUACAGUGUCCAAUGUCCAUUUCUCUGAUGAUACAAUUGUUGAUGACUGAAGUGUUGAUAUCAACCAAACCUAACCCCCCUCCACAUCCCACACCCUGGAUUGUAAAUAAUUCAAUGUAUAUACUCUGAUGAUUAUCUUGUGUGAUGACUAUAUUAUGAUAAUAGUACAUAUUUGUACCAGGAAUUGAUUACGUGGACCCCGACUUAAACAAGUUGAAAAACUUAUUCGGGUGUUACCAUUUAGUGGUCAAUUGUACGGAAUAUGUACUGAACUGUGCAAUCUACUAAUAAAAGUUUCAAUCAU